AAUUGUUAUAUACUCAUCUCACCUCACUUCAUCUCCAAUCUCUCAAGUAAACUUCCUAGCAACAUACCCAUCUACCUAUCUACAACCGUCAAAAUGGUCAAGGUCGGAGACAGCAUUCCCAGCAUCCCUCUCCAAGAGGGUGCUCCGGACAAGAAGGUUGAUCUGUCGCAAGAGCUUGCAACUGGUAACGGAAUCAUCAUUGGUGUCCCUGCUGCUUUCAGCCCAACUUGCUCCGACUCCCAUAUCCCGGGCUUCAUCGCACACCCCAAGCUCAAGAGCGCCGGCAAGGUAUUCGUCGUUUCCGUCAACGAUGGUUUCGUCAUGAACGCAUGGGGAAAAUCCCUCGACGCCGACAAAUCCUCCGGGAUCCGAUUCCUAGGCGACGCAUCGGGCGAGUUCUCGCGCGCCUUCGACGUCGAGUUCCCUGCUGCUCCUCUGCUGGGCACGAACCGAAGCAAGCGGUACGCUGUAGUGACUGGGGAUGGAAAGGUGAAGAGCGUGCAUAUUGAGCCGGAUAACAUCGGGGCUGAAGUUAGCACUGCGGAUAAGAUUUUGGGUUGA